AUGUUGAAGAGAUUUAUUUGGCUUCUUCCCCUUGCUCUAACAGCUCUGGGUUUAGAUGUGCCUUCAAUUUCAGAUGCUGACUUCAUCAAGGCAGCUGUGGAUGCCCACAAUGGCAUACGGUCUAAUGUCACACCUACUGCAGCCAACAUGAAGUACAUGUCAUGGGACUCGUCUUUAGCAAAAACUGCAAAGGCAUGGAGCAGUUUUUGUAAAUUUCAGCACAACAUUUACAUCUCUUCCAACCGCCUAAUCCAUCCUACAUUCUUUCCCAUUGGUGAAAACCUCUAUGCUGGUGGCACUUUUAAUAUGCAUCAAGUAGUCAACUUAUGGGCAUCAGAAGUCAACAACUAUAAUAAUGAGAAUCAGACAUGUAAAACUGGCAAAGUCUGUGGUCAUUAUACUCAGGUUAUUUGGUCUAACAGUUACAAAGUUGGUUGUGCGGUUUCCCGCUGUCCUGGGACAUAUGGUUAUAUUGUCCUUUGCAACUAUGGCCCUGCGGGUAAUUACAGAGGAAGCAAACCUUAUACAAUUGGACUACCGUGUAGUGAAUGUUCUGAUGAUAUUUGCGUGAACAAUCUGUGUACAAAUCAGAAACGUGACAGAGUUGUGGAAGAUGGCAUGGCCGAACUUAUUCCCAGCAGCAUCUUUUAA